AUGUACAUAGAGGGCUCCAAAUACCGGAUGAAGCUGUCAGUGUUGUUGCUGCUGGCCCUGCCGGCUCUGUCCUCGGCCAGUCUUCAGGAUAUCAUAAAGAAGAGUUCAGAGCACCAAAAAAAAAUAGUUCCUGCACUGAACCCAGACCUAGAGGACAGGAUUCCUAAAAUCACUGCUAAUGGAUCAAUGUUGGCUCAUCUGACCCCUCCUGAGUUUGAGAAAAGCCAGAAUCAAUCUUCCUCCUUCAUUUUUGAAAGCACCAACCUUGAAUGGCAGCCCUGGAGUGGCUCCAUCCCUAAUGGAGCUGUUUCAAUUUACAACGAUUAUGUUAGUCGCUAUGACUACGUCUGCAAGUAUGGGUGUUCGGCCGGCUUCUAUAACCCCAGCAAAGGGCUUUACUGUCACUACAGCCUCUCAGGAAGAGAGCUACUUGGCUAUCCAUUUGAUAUCCUGGUGAACAAAGAUCACUUUGAGAUCCUAGAGUGGAUAGGGGACUCCUCAGGUUCAGUGCCCAUGUAUUCAGUUAGGACCUGCUCUGGGGUGAAUGUUUAUGUGGGGAAGAAUGAGUACGGACUUGGGAAGGUCGUUCCUCAGCUUGAGGCCUUCCUCCUUCCCUGGGAAGGAGAUGAGUAUUGGUACAAGCACUACAAGGUCUUGACCACCAAAAAGGACAUUAAAAGCCAGCACAUCACUGAGGUUACAUAUAAAAAAAAUGGGAUUGAAGCCAAACAGUAUCCUCCAGAGGCCAUGCGCAUGUCCACCAAUACCAACAAUGCGUGUGAGUCAGUUGUGAAAACUGUUACUCUCUCAAAGACAAACCAGGUAGAGAAAAGUUGGGACAUUGGCUCUGCCACCACGUUGGGUUUUAUAAGUGGCAUCACCGCCGAAAUCCCAUUCAUUGGCACUGGAGGUAGUAUUGAGUUUAGCACUGAGACAACAAAGCACUUCUCCAAAGGAACCACUGUGAUAGAGGAGACAACCCACUCAGUUUCUGUGGAGCAAAAUGUCCCACCAAACCACUCCUGCAGUAUCAUGAUGGUGGGACAUAAGUACAAGAUAGACAUCCCUUUCACAGCACGCAUCCAACGCACUUAUGACAAUGGAGAGACCCGUUGGACAUCCAUCUCAGGGACAUAUGACAGCAUUGAUGUUGGAGAAAUCGAGGCCGUGGUGAACCGCUGCGAACCCAUCCCUGAUGCCACGCCCUGUGCGUGA